UAAGCAAUAGUUUCUCGAUAAUCAAUUGAAACCGGGUCCCAUUGCAGAGUAGAAAAUUUUCAAUUCCCAGUGAUGGAGUGGAAAAGAAGAAGAUUAAACUCAAUUGGCUCCCUUUCACGAGCAGAAUAUGGGAUUUCCUGCAGAAUUACAGCCUCAGUUCUUGACCUUCCCACAUGCCUUUUGAUUGAUAUCUUUUCAAGGCUUCCAGUCACCACAAUUCUCAGCUGCAAACGUGUUUGCAAGGCAUGGUACACAUUUUUUUCAUCAGAAACGGAUUUUGCUAAUGUUUAUUUAUCAAACCCACCUUUCAGUAGUAUUGUAAUGUCCUUUGGAAAGUCUGCUUUUUGUUUUCUUGAACUCAAAGCGGAUUAUAACUACUGCCUUCCCCGAAAUAGUCCCAAGAUUUUUCGAAUCCCAGAUGGGAUUAAUGAGUGGACCGUGACUUUGUUUGGUUCUAGCAAUGGAUUGCUUUGUUUUUCUGCUUAUAGUUUAAAUAAGCAUGAGUAUAAGGUGUAUUUGUGUAAUCCAUUGCUUGGGGAAUAUGCUAUGCUCCCUCUGUCAAAUGUAGAGGAAAAAGACAGUAAGGUGGCGUAUGGAUUUGGGUUUAGUCCGAAAACGGGAGAGUAUAAGGUGUUUAGAAUUCUUAAUAGGAAAUGGAAUCCGGGUAAGACUGAAGCUCAGGUUUGUACAAUUGGCUUGGAUAAUGAUUGGAGGGUCUUAAAGGAAAGUGCCCCUCUUCCGCAUGCUAGGCAAUUGAUGGAUCGGAUAUAUGAUAGAUACCGAAUUUGUGAAGUUACUGUUAAUGGAGCUUUGCAUUGGAUAACUGAUUAUAUGAUUACGGGUGACUUCUUGUAUUCAUUUGACAUUGGUGACGAAAAGAUCCAGCCUGUUCCGCAACCUCGUGGUAUGGUAGUUGGAAAUGGUCGGGUGAGUUUGGGGGUUUUGAGGGGUUGCCUUUGUAUCUAUCAAAUUGCUUUCCCUCCUGUGUUAGAUAUUUGGUCAAUGAAGGAAUAUGGAGUUGUAGAAUCAUGGACUAAAGAGAGUAUCAUGGAAAGUUGCAUUCCACCUCGCAUGUAUCGAAGCCUAUAUCUUCCCGUCGUAAUUUGGAGAGCUGGAGAGAUGUUUAUGUGUACAGAAUAUGGGCACCUGUUUUCUUAUAGUCUGGAAGAAAAGAGAUCAACCAUCGUCUCAGCUUAUCUUGCGCAUGAUCAUUAUCGUUUUGCAGUUCCAUAUGCUCCGUGCUUCCUUUCGCUCAAGAAUAUUGUGAAGGCAGGAAAAGAGCAGGGAGUUGAUACAGAGCUUAACUUUGUUCUGGAGCAAAACAACAUCAAAGAUGCUUCAGCAAUUAAGCACUGGAGUACUACUACUGGAAUUAGGGAUUUGCCAAUCUUCAUUUUGCUGAAUAUUUUUUCCAGAGUCCCAAGCUCCACUGUUAUAUCAAUCAAGUGUGUUUGCAGGACCUGGUACAACUUGAUUUCAGAUCCUCAUUUUGCUGAUAGUUACUUCACUACUCAACAAUCUGUUAGUCUUGUGCUUUCCAAUAGAGAUUCCAUUUGCUCCUUUCUUGAACUCAAAACAGAUUGCUAUCGCAAUGCUCAACCUAACAUUGAAAAAAUUCUUGAAACACCUGCCCAGUUUUCAAAUAAGAGAGUAACAUUUAUAGGCUCUUGUAAUGGCUUGAUUUGUUUAUCUAAAAUCUCCCAUUCUGUGAAGAAGUGCAAACUUUAUAUUUUUAAUCCGCAAUUGAGAGAAUACACAAUGCUUCCUAAACUAAAAAUAUAUAAAACUUGUGAAGACGUCUAUGGAUUUGGAUAUUGUCCAGCAACUGGCCAUUACAAGGUCUUGAGAUUUCACACUACAAAAAGGCAGCCAAAAACAUCAGAAGCUCAAGUUCACACAAUUGGAAUUGAUUAUCGCUGGAGAACUAUAUGGAAAUGCCGCCUCCAUCCAGUGGCUGCAAAUUGGCCUAAGGACCUUAGCAAAGCACGAUUUUGUGGGGUUACUCUCAAGGGAGCUCUUCAUUGGAUGGUUGAAGAUUCUCACGAUCCUUACUUCAUAUAUUCAUUUGACAUGGAAGAAGAAGAUGUCCAUCCAAUUCCAUCUCCCCCAAUUAUUGGAGGGAGGGGCUGUUGGACUAGUCUUGGAGUUCUACGAGAUUUUCUUUGUGUAUUUCAUGGUACUUCCAAUCUUAAUUUGGAUAUAUGGUGGAUGAGAGAUUAUGGAGUUGUGAAUUCAUGGACUAAGGAAAGUGUUCUGGCAAGCUACAUCCCAGUUGGUCUAAAAGCUGGUGCAUUUUUACCUCUUUUUGUUUGGAGAAAUGAUGAGAUACUGAUGUCUACUGAUCAUGGGGCUUUAGUUUCUUAUUGUCCAAGAGACAGCAAAUGUACUGUACUUAAGAUUGAGCAUAAUGCUGGUGGCUACUUGACAGCAGCUCCACAUUUCUCUAGUUUUCUUUCAUUGAAGGCUGCUAUGAAAGGUGUAGAUUUGAAGGUGGUAAAGGUGAAGUGACCUUUUAGAGCCU